AUGUCUUAUAAAUAUCGCUUCCCCAAUGCUUUAAUGGCUUUCAAGCACCAGUGUGGUCUGAUGCUUACCGCAAAACUUGAUGUCGAAAACAAACACACAAUUCAAGGUCAGAACAAGCAAUUGCCUUUAGCGUCGCGCACUCAUUGUUUACUGUGUGUAGCAAAUCAUGACAUCACAAGCUUAAUGUAG